UUCCAGUGAUGGGGAAGUGACUAAUUCAGACAGAAUCUAAGAAAAGCUGCCUCAACUCUGAUUUUAUUUAAAUUUCCAACAGCACUUGAGUCCAACAAGGUCUUUUACACAUGAGGUCCAUUUUCAGAUGCUGCUACAAAGUGUGGGAUGUAAGCAGGUUCCUCGCCUUCUCUGUCUGCGGUGUGAUGCUCUCUCUACCCCUGCAGUUGUACACUCCUUGACUAUUCAUUUCCCUGUGGCUGUUCUUUAACUCAAAACGGCACUGUUCUGACAUCCACUUCCUAAUCCUUUUUCACGCAAGGACAUCACACAUGGGGAGCGCUUGGAGCAGCUCAGGUUUUCAGGGCGCCCGGGAGUAUGUCACCUGCAAAGCUGUGCUGUGGCUAGCCUUCCUGUCACCUUACUUCCAUGCAGGGGUCUUGAGAAGGUUAAAUGAAAGAACGCCCACCAGGACAGGCUACAUAACUUGGGCUCAGUAGGAAAUGAAAAUGCAGGGUAGUUUAAAAACUAAGAAUUUUCUGGGGAAGAGGAUCUACAGAUGGGGAGGUAGGGAGGGGAAAGGGAAUAAAAAGAAUAAAGAUACCUCAUGUACGCAUACCUGCUUCCCACGAGGAAUGUAAUCAUUACGUACCACAAACCUGCACUAAACGAAAACACACUGCUAAGAACUGCAGACUGGGCCGGCAGAGCAUUAAACUCGAGGCAUCAGGGAACCCGCCAUGAAGAGGACGCUGGGGCUCGAGAGGCUUUUGCACACAGUAGGUACAAAAAUAAAUGCUCGAGGGUUAUGUUUGAGUCCGCACGCUCCGGCAGCGCCCGGGCCCCGGCACUGAUUGCUGACUGCUCGCUGCCCCUCGUCCCCGGAGUGCCACAGCGGAGACCGACCCCAUCUCUACCCAGCCAAAGUUGCUUGCUGCCCCUCGCCCGCCGGGAUGACACCGCCGCGAGGACUGGGUGGCCGCGGCCAGGCGGGUCUUGCAAGCAGCUGGGCCUCGCCUCGCCGCGGCGGCGGUGUUUACCGGUUGCCCAGGAGACGCACGGCCACCCCAGCUGCCUGGCUCCGGGCGGCUCCGCGUCCAACCGCGCCGCAGCCAGCAUGAGCCGCCGCGGCGGUCCCGGCUCCAGCAGCCCCGACCUGACCUGCGCCGCCGCGCUGGGCGCCCAGACGCCUGCGCCCGAGGAAAUCUGCGAUCAUCUCUUGGAAGUCCCAGUCACUCGGGAGCGAUUAAACCACUACUGGAAUGUGGCUGAAAAUGUUCGAAGUGAACUUGCAGCAACUUUGGUCAAAUUUGAAAGUGCUCAGUCUGAGCUUCGAGACCUGCGCUCCAAGAUACUUUCUAAAGAAGUUUGCUGUCAAGAGCUGAAGGCUGAAAUGGAGCGCUACAAAGAAAACAACGCCAGAAAGUCCUCUCUGCUCGCCUCCCUGAGAGACAGAGUCCAGGGACUCGAAGAAGAAGUAGCAGCACUUGCCACGUCCAAAAUCAGAACGGAAACCACCGCUCGCACUGCAGUCAAGGAGAACCAAGAAUUAAUGAGGAAAAUUGCAGAGCUGGACGAGAAAUUACAAAAGUGUGCAAAGGAAAGUGAGGACAAUAAGAAGCAAGUCUCGGAGAACUGCAGGAAGCACGUGGACUUUCUGACUCAGCUUUGGGACUGCCUGGACCCAGACCGGAAGGACCAGGAGGCAUCCGAUGCAGAUCUCAUUUUAAAGCUUCGAGAGCUGUGCAGGGAAAGCACAUUCAUGAAGGGACAAAUUGCUAGUCUUGAAGAGACUAUAAAUGUCCAUGAGAUGGAAGCAAAAGCUAACAGAGAAACGAUCGUGAGGCUGGCGUCCGACGUCCGCAGAGAGCAGGGGAAAGCUAUCUCCUGGGCAGAGGAGAAGGACAAGCUGAACCAGGAUUUUCUCAGUACUGUAGAGGCAAAAGAAGCCCUUGAAAGGGAAGUUCAGAUCUUCCAAGAAAGGUUGCUUGCUAGCCAGCGGGCUUGGGAUGCCUCAAAGCAGGAGCUGAGCCUCCUGAAGAAAAGCUCUGAAGAGCUGGAGAAGAGUUUGAAGGCCAGUCGGGAUACAGCUGUGGCUUCACAAAGCCAGAACUCCUCAUUUAGGGAGAAAAUCGCAGCCCUCCUGAGAGGCAGGCUGGGCCAGGCGGGGCCCACAGAGGACGCCAUUUUGGAGAAGAUUGGAGAGAUGGGCAGCCAGGAAGAGAGCAGCAAAAGGAUGGUCUCCCAGCUUGAAUCUCAAGUAUCUGAGCUUGCUGAACAGUUGGGAAAUGAGUCUGAGUCUCACCAGAAAACUCUACAGAGGGCCCAACAAGCAGAAAACAAGUUGGAGGCUCUUCAGGGCCAGCUGACAGACCUGGAGGGAGAGCUGGUUUCUGGAGAAGUUCUGCGAGACAACUUGAAUUUCGAGAAACAAAAAUAUCUUAAAUUUCUGGAUCAGCUUUCAGAAAAAAUGAAGCUGAACCAGAUGGCUGCUGAACUUGGCUUUGACAUGCGUCUGGAUGUAGUUUUAGCUCGCACAGAACAGCUGGUCCGCCUCGAGAGCAACGCAGUCAUUGAAAACAAGACUAUUGCCCACAAUUUACAGAGAAAGUUAAAGACUCAGAAAGAAAGGCUGGAGAGCAAAGAACUGCACAUGAAUCUCCUCCGUCAGAAAAUAGCCCAGCUGGAGGGGGAGAGGCAGCUGCGUACGGCCUUGGCUGUGGAAAGGGAUGAGGCCCAUCUCACUGUCAGGAAGCUGGAGAAGAAGGUAGAGAGGGUGCAGAAGGAGCUGAGUGCCUGUCGCCAGUCCAACACUGAGCUCAAAGCCAAGCUGGCUGACACCAAUGAGCUUAAGAUUAAAACUUUGGAACAGACCAAAGCCAUUGAAGACCUAAACAGAUCCAGAGACAAGCUGGAGAGGAUGAAGGAGAGAGCUGAGAAAAAGCUGAUGUCUGCCCAGUCAGAGCUGGGGACCGCAGAGCAUGAGGCGAAGGAGGAGAAGGAAAGGGCGAGAAACGUGAUAGAAGUGGUGACCAGUGAAAUGAAGACGCUAAAGAAGUCUCUGGAAGAAGCAGAAAAGAGAGAAAAACAGCUGGUAGACUUCAGGGAAGUGGUCUCCCAGAUGCUGGGCUUGAAUGUGACCACUCUGGCUCUUCCUGACUAUGAGAUCAUCAAACAUCUUGAAAGACUGAUCCAUUCACAUCGGCAUUGUUUUGUGGCCUGUACCUGCCUUACAGACAUGACUACUGGGCAGGACAGACAUCCACAAGGCCACCGGAAGCUUCUUCAUUGAACCCUGUUAUUUCUAGAGGAGGGCACAGCUAAGAGGUGGACUCAAGUCUCAAGUUCACAAGUGCCUCAUAUCUUUGAAAUUUGAUCAGUGUGUGAAUAUUGCACACACUGAUGGUACAGUGAGAAUGCAUAAUGAGCAGAGAAGGAUCUUCAAAGUGCAUCCUAGAUAAACGUUUAACAUGGAAAACACCUAUUAUUAAUUUGCUAGCACUUGGAGACUGAGAGUUUCACUAGAUAGGGGAAUGGGAUGAUGCAUUAACAUUGUUGGUCUCCAAGUGCAAGUGCAUGUUGAGUUGGUGUUUUAUUGGCCACUUUAAUUCUCAUAAUGACCAUGUGGAGAAGCUUUUUAAAAAUUAUUUUUGACGUAUACUUUUUUAUUUGACACAUAAAAGGUGUGACAGUUUAUGGAAUACAAUGUGACAUUUCAGUACAGGUACACAAAGCGUCAUCAUCAGAUGAGGGGACAUGGAGAAGAUUUAGUGCUUUUAUUAUACAACCCCUCUGGAGCUCCCAAAGGUGGCAGUCUGUUAGUGAUGGAGCCAGGAUGCUCAGCACGGUGGCUCUGCCUCAAGGGCUGUGCCUCUUCUACCCCACUGUCUCGUUUUCUUCCGCAUCUUGAUGCUGGUAGAAAUGCCUGUGCAAGGAAGGAAAACAUUCCUGUGACUAACAAUUAAUGGCCCAAAAUAACAGAGUGAUGAGUGCAUUCUGCUUUUUUAUUCUUUAAAAAGCAAAGCAACUAAUUUGUUUGGAUAAACUAUGCAGAGGUCUGAGAUUCAGUAAGAAACUUUGUUCUAAAUGUUGCUACCAGACUGUAUCUGGUGGUAAUUUUGAACUUUUGAACAGGGGUAACCUCAGUACUUUUUCCUGCCUGUGCUGGAGAUUGAACCCAGGGCCUAACACAUGCGAGGCUGAUGCUGCAGCUCUGAGCUACCUUCCCAGCUCUUUUUUUAAAAUUUUAAUUUACUUCUUUUCUUUUGUCUUGAAAAUUGUCUUCCUGAGUUGCCCAGGCUGGCAUCAAACUUGCUAUUCUCUUACUUCAGCUGGGAUUAUAGGCAUGUUCCAUCACACCUGCCUGACUUCGGAAUGUGAAGGAUGAAACCUUCAUAUUAACCCAAACCUGUAAGGUGAAGAAAUCCUGUGUGAUUUUAUUCACCAAUGCAUUAAGAACACUUGCAGCAAAGAUGAUUUCCCAGGAUUGAGAUUUUAUUUUAACUCUCUAUUAUCUUUUAAAUUUCUAUUUCACAAAUAUUUUUUAGAAAACCAUAUUCUUAA